AUGGUGGUGUUCUGGAAGGCUGCCUUCAAGCACCAGGUCAUUUCUGGCCUGAGAUGGGUCCAGUGUUUUGGUGAUGGCGAGUUCUCUGAGGUGUCUCUGAGCAAGCAGGUGGCCCUGAGACUGCUCAGCCAGUACUUUAACCUGGCCACCUUCAGGAACCUGGUUGCUUAUAGGAAGGCCAUGUACCAGGCCUUGGAGAAAACCAGGGACUCUGCCAGACUUGGUAAAGAGGAGAAGCCUAGAUAUCUGGGACCAGUGAAAUUCGAGGAUGUGGUUGUGAUUUUCACUGAGGCAGAGUGGAAGAGAUUGAGCCUUGAGCAGAGGAACCUAUACAAAGAAGUGAUGCUGGAGAAUUUCAGGAAUCUAGUCUUGUUGGCAGAUUCAAAGCCAGAAGUCCAUCCCUGGCCCCUUUGCCCCUGCCCUCUGGCCUUUGACGGUCAGCAAUUUCUCAGCCACCAUGAACUCUGCAGUCAUCUUAUUCCAUAUUCAUGUGCAGGAAAUCAACUCCAACCAGGGGAUCCUUGCCCAGAUGACCACCAGCAGCGGCAGCAACAACAUUCUGAUAAAAACCACUGGGGGGCCAAAGCAGAAGAUCAAGGAAUGGGAUCUACACCUUUGUUUUGGAGUACAAAUGAGAAGCGGACUUAAUUGGUUUUCUCUAGCCCACCCCAGGGACCACCAGUAAGCUCUCAGGGAGGCAACAAAGUGUUGAAGGUACAGCUCAGUCCAGCCCGGGUAAGCUCUGGGGAAGCAGACAACAUUCCUGAGAGGGUAGAACUCUCAGGAUUUGGAGCAGUCAGGUAGAGGUGUGGACUAGGUUUUAGCCAGAAGUCAAGCCUCUUCAGACACAGGCUGUCACAAGCGGAGAAGUCACAUACACACAAGGGAGAAGCCCUUUGCAUGAUGUGUGGGCGAGGCAUUAGUGAAAAGUCAGACCUCAUUAAGCACUAGAGGAUUCACACAGGGGAUAAGCCUUAUGUAGCAGAGGACAUGCUCAAGGAGAAGCCUGACAGGGAGUGA